AUGAAAUUAUUACAAUUAUUACUAAAAACAGCAAAUAUCAGUCAAACAACGAAAAGGAUAUCAUUAGCAACAGCAAUAAAAAGCAUAAUAUUCUAUAGUCUACUAGCAACUGAGUCCGUAUUAGCGGCGACGACGAAGACUAAUGUUAGUUCAAGUAGAAGUAGCUCUAGUACAAAUUGGGUUUUUUGGUACUAUGUUUAUAAUGGCUCUGGAUAUGACCGUCGUUGUGGAAAUUAUUGUAUCUUGACAUUUUGUCUUCUCGGUUUUAUAAUAUUUACAAUAAUUGCUUGUGGCGUUUAUCGGUGUUGCGGAAUUUAUCACCGAUCGAAAGAAGAUACUCAACUGAUUACCCCCCCUCAUCUUUUUCCAGUUAGUCAACCCCCACAAACACAUGACAAUUAUUACUCACCUAUAACUACACCAACAAGUGUUUAUAUUCCUGAUAAUCCGCCGCAAUAUAGUGCAUCUAAUAACAAUCAAUCAAGUUAUCUUACAAAAACAUAUGGAACAUCCGCAUCAACGCCUCCUGAUGACCAUCAACGAUAUAUUUUAUCGAUGGGUGGAACAAAGGCAUGGAAAUUCGAGUUUGAAUCUGCUCCUUCUCCUGUGUUAGGUCAACACUGGCCAGCUACAGUCAAUGAAAGAAUAGUUAUGUUGCAUCCAGCGAGAGAUGUUGUUGUUUCUCUGCUGACGAAUUAUCCAGCCUUUGUACCGUCAGGAGCAAUUAUUACUGAUAAAAGUAGAGAGUUGCUUCAUUACUUUGAGAUUAAAAUUUUAGUUAAUCCGAAUCCAUCAAGAAUAAAGAUUGCGAUUGGAUUAGCUACGAAACCCUAUCCAACAAAUAGGUUUAUAGGACUAGAGUAUGAAUCAGUAGGAUAUCAGUCUGAUACUGGACAAUGCCUUCACAACAAUCGUUCUGAAUUAGGAUACGAUUAUGGUCCGAAAUUCGGAAACUUAGGCGACGUCAUUGGGUGUGGUUAUUACCCUGCUUCCGGAAUAAUAUUUUUCACGCUAAAUGGCCAAAGCCUUGGUAAAGCAUGCGAAAAUCGCCAAGUUUGGUUUCCAGCUGUUAGUGCAAAUGGACCUUGCAAACUUGAAGCUAACUUCGGUGAUCCAGAUGAUGGUGGAUUUUUGUACCCAAAUGCUCGUGGUUUUGGAAUCGGUGCGCCAUUCUUAUAA